CUGACGCUUUGCAGUAACCAAUCGCAUACGUUCUAUUUGGCUCACCAGCCAAUCAACAAUGCGCUAGGCUGUCCCCUCGCUUGACUAUGAGAGCUGCUGAGAAAAGACGGAGGAUAAGGUUUAAAAUGUUUUAUAUAUACUUAUCUACAUACAUUUAGACUGACAGCGUUCGGAUUUAAGAUUUAAGAUGUCAAUGAACAUCAUGGAAGGAUGAAUCAAUGGGAAGAGGAUGCAGACACCUGAGCGCUGUGUUGAGAUCUGAGGAGAUGAUCCAAGACCCCACUGCUGCAUCCAGGCCCGCAGAGCAGAAUAAGAAUUCUCACGAUGAGGCAAACACCUCCAGGGCUGUCAAUCAAUCCGAGGACGAGUUGGGGAUUGCGAGCAGUCGGAAGAGCGUGAGACAAAGGAAAAGGCCACACGAGGGCUUUGAGAAUGUCCAGAGCAAAGGUGCCAAGGCCGGUCGCAGCAGCGCUAGCCGGGCAGGAGGCCGCCGCGGGAAGCGGAGACACGCGGAGGCCGUCACCCUGUUCGACGUGCUCAGCAUGGGCCGGAGUGCCAUGCAGGCGGUGAUUGGUGAUUGGAUCGAGGCCUACGGGACGCGCAGAGACUCCUCUCUCCUCGACCUCAUCAGCUUCUUCAUCCAAUGCUGCGGCUGCAAAGGUGUGGUCACAGCAGAGAUGUGUGAGGGCAAAGAAGACCGUGACGUCAUGAGCAAGAUGGUGGAGGAACUGGAUGAGGUCGCUGGUCUGCAGUAUAAGAAGUUCUUGGCCUUUCCGUGGAUCCUCACGGUCACGUGGCCCACGGACAUAGACAGUGCCGAGUAUCCUCUGACCCAACCCGGACCGUACGGCCGCUGGUUCCACUCCGAGUUCUGCGACUUUGUGGCGGCGCUCGUGGCUCAGUGUCAGCGCGGCGUCAUGUUCGACGGUUACCUGAUGAACAGCCUCAUCUGCCUGCUCGCCGAGCUGUCGGACUCCUGCGUGCGGGCUUUCAGACACACCUGCACGCUCGCAGCGGUGAAGCUGCUGAGCUCGCUGGUGGCCGUGGCUCUGAGCCUGAGCGGCGCCAUCGAAAACAGCCACGAGUUGCACCGGGUGCAGAAGACCAAGACGACGAGACGGAGAAGCCCUCUGAAACAGCAGAGGAUACAGGGGAAGAUCACAGAGCUGCGGGAGAAGAGGGCGGAGGUGGAGACCAUGAUGGAUGUCGUCUUCAAAGGAAUCUUCCUGAAAAGAUAUCGCGAUGUGCUUCCAGAAAUCCGCUCCCUCUGUAUGGAGGAGUUGGGUUUGUGGAUGAAGCUCUACGGCUCCGCAUUUCUCAACGACAGCUGCCUUAAGUACGUGGGCUGGAUGAUGCACGACAAGGUGCCUGAUGUGCGUCUCAGGUGUGUGUUGGGCCUCCAGGCUUUGUAUGGCGAUCCUGCGCUCCUCCCCAAACUGGACCUGUUCACCAGCCGCUUCAAGGACCGGAUGGUCUCCAUGACCUUGGACAAGGACAGCGAGGUGGCGGUGCAGACCAUGAAACUGCUGCUGCUCGUCUCCAAGACGUCUGACGGCGCUCUCAGUGACGAGGACUACCGGCGGCUGCUGCGGCUCGUCUACUCUUCGCAGCGGCCUCUCGCUGCCGCUGCGGGGGAGCUGCUCUUCGCGCGGCUUCUGAACACUGAAGCCCCCGCGCCUGACACCAAAAUCAACGAGGAGGAGGCACGUGAGCGACAGACAUCCGCCCGCCUCCGGGCUCUGCUGCACUUCCACCAGGAGUCCGAGCUGCGGAGCCACGUGGCGUACCUCGUGGACAGUCUGUGGGACGGCGGCGGCGCCCUGCUGAAGGACUGGCCCACGCUCACGUCGAUUCUGCUGCAGGAGCCCUCCUCACGCAGCCCCGGUCUCACCCGGGCAGAGCAGGUGGUGCUUGUGGAGAUCCUUGUAGCUUCGGUGCGUCAGGCCUCCGAGGGGCCGGCGCUGGCAGGAAGGAGCGGAGCCAAGAAGGUGAUGAGUGCCAGGGAAAAGAGAAGCCAGCUGGAUGACUGUACUAAGCUCACUGAGCAUCUUCUCGUGGUGCUUCCUGACUUACUGGCUAAGUUUUCCGGUAGCUGUGACACGGUUGCCUCCCUGAUGAAGAUUCCUCAGUACUUCCUCCCGGAGUGUCCCGAGGCCGACACCCCUCAGGCAGCGUCCAGGCUGAUGGCAGAGAUGGGAGCAGCUUUGGACCGCCCCGCGGGCCCCGCCCUUCUGGAGGCGGCAGCCCGCACGUACCUCAGUCUGUGUGGGGGGGGGGCGCCCUGGCGCUCCGUGGCCCGGACCGCACGAGACUCCCUGGUCCGGCGCUGGGUGGACAACCUGACCGCUCUGCUGGGGGACUCGCUCCAGGGGGAGAGUCCGCGUUUCCCUGCUGACGAAGAGAGAACUGCAGACAUUUCAGCCACGUUGAAGAAACUCAGCGCUUUCCACAACUGCCACGACCUCCUGGAGUGGAACCUGUUUGGGCUGUUGUCCCCCCUCCUGUCGGCGGAGAGCGGCGAGGGAGGAGCCCCCCCCGAGGUGCUGCUGCAGGUCCUGCAGUGCCUGUCCUACUGCAUGCUGUGGUCCCUCAGCACCAGCAGUGGCACUUUAAACUCCAGAGAGAAAGCCGAGUCCCAGAGACUCCAGCUGCGUCUCUUCUGUGAGAGGAGUAAUCGCUGUCUCUCCCACCCCGACCACAGCGUGCAGCAGCAGGCCUUCGUUGGAGUGUGUGACGUUCUGACGGCGCACGCCCACCAGCUGCAGCGGUGGGAUCCCUCCUCCUUCGGCCCUCUGCUCUACACCCCCGGCCCCAGGCUGCAGAGGGCGCUGGUGACCUUCGUCGGCGCCCACGUCUUCGUGGGAGCCGACUGUGGCGGCCAGAGCGCCGACUCUGAAGCGGGAAGGCCGGAGGAACUUCACAGACGGAGAAAUCUGCUCGCGGCUUUCUGCAAACUGAUAGUGCACGGGGUGCUGGAGAUGAGCGCAGCCGCCGAGGUCUUCGCGUACUACCUGAAGUACAACGACGACUAUGGAGACAUCAUCAAGGAGACAAUGUACAGGACGAGACAGAUGGACAAGCUGGGCAGCGCUCACACACUGGGGCUCUGUCUGCAGCAGCUGUUUCUCCGCCUGAGGGGGGAGCAGGGGAGCGGCGGCGGGGCCCACCCGGGGGUGCAGACCUUCACCGGCAUCAAGGAGCUCGCCAGGCGGUCCGCCCUCACCUUUGGGGACCUGGUCAAGUUCCGCGAGUGCGUCGUUGUGGUCCACAGGAACGGCAUCGAGUUUGUGUUCCAGGAGUUCAGUCCGACCCCGGACGCCCCUACGCCGCCGUACCUCUCCUACCUGACCAUCCUCAGCGAGUUCUCCAGCAAACUCCUCAAACCGGACAAGAAGAUAGUCUUCGCGUACCUGCAGAAGCACACGGCGGAGCGCGUCACGGACCUGCAGGAGGAGUGCUGGCAGCCGCUGGCCUACUACCGCGCGUCCCUGCUGGCUGCGGCGGGAGCAGAGGACGCGGCGUCUCACGCGAGCUCCGAGAGGUCGCCGCACCGGCCCGGCCACUCGCCCUCCUCCGGACAGAAACGCAAAGGAAACAAGUCGUCCGGCCCCUUCAGCCCCGUUGACUCCGAAGUCAGCAAAGGUCAGAAGUCAAGCUUCAGUCCAAGCCACAAGGACGCGGAUCCCUCCUCCGGCCGCGCCGAGCCUCCUGCGAGACGGUUGGACUUUGAGGGCUCCGUCCUCGGCGAGGACACAGUGGACGUUGAGCUGUAACUACUGGAGGCCGGAGGACAAUCUCCUGUCUGCCUUUUCUACAAUAUUGUUGAUGGUUUUAAAAGAAGCGUCUGCGACAUGCUUUAAAUUUCUUGUUGUAAACAGAUCCCACGAAAAGACCAAAAGCAGCAAGAAUUGAGCUCAGCACCACUGACCCACGUUGUUCUUCCUUGCCACAACGUAUUAAAAACACAUGCAUGUCUCAGUGGGGGCGACACGUGUGAAUCAGCAUGUAGUUCACUUUGCAUCUAUUCGCUGUCCAGCUGCUGCUACUCCCGACCACAGCACCAAAUAUGUAUUAAUCCACAGUGGGAAAUAGUGCCCAACCCACCAGGGACUCCCGUUUGAGCAGGCUGUAUAUUUCUGUUCAGUGUUGUCAGAUUUGAUAUUUUUAGUAGAAAUCUAUGGCGAUCAUGGGAUUUGUAAACAAAGAUGUAUACAGAAUAUCAAACUGAUUCAAUAAUGUCACACUCAAGUAUAUUUUAUUCACAGACUAGUUUCAUUUGAAGUGAAUCAGAAUGUAUAAAGUGUUUCCCCAUAUUCACUUCCAUACAAAGUGUUACAUAAUUUAACCUUUGGAUCACAUUGAAAUCCAACAUUUGUCUAAUUCUCAUUUGGAAUUUCUGCUUUAUUGUCCUGCCUGCCACUUUAAUAUUGCUACUUAUAGAAUAAGGUUGAGUUAAAGUAUUCCAAAAACCACUCAUAUUGCUGUAAAAUAAUUUAAAUAAAUAAAUAAACCAAGGAAUCCAAACUAAUACACAUUA